UUUUGAGAAAUCCCGGAACUAGAGCAGCGCUGAGCCCCGGUACCAGCCGCCAGGAAGGCUCUCGCUUUAGAGGGGGUUCCCGUGCAGAUUCAGGGGCCGAGUAGCGCUUUUCCUUCCCCGGAGCACCCUUUCCCUCGCCCUGCCGAAGCCCGGAGAGGUCUCCAGUUUUGACGACGAUGGCUCUCAGCCGCCGCAAUGUUGCUCAUCGAAACUUGGAAAAUAUUGAACCAGUCAAGCCAACAGCAAAGGUGACUGCAGCUGUCCGAAGGCCAGCUUUGGGAGACUUGGCAAAUCGUGUUAUGACUCGUGCAGAGCAGAAAAAACAAAUGACAAAUAUGGUUUCUAAACCAGUGGUAUCCAAGCCAAAAAAGGCUUUGCCAAAACCAGUGGCUAAAGAAGUGAAGCCAGUGACUCGUGGGUUAAAGCAAGCAGCUCAGAAUAUGAAGCCAGUGGUUGAGGAGCCUGUUCCACGGACCCCUGUGUCUCCAACUCCAAUGGAUGUCUCAAUGACAGAAGAUUCUUCUACGAAAGAGGAAGACCUUUGUCAAGCUUUCUCUGAAGCCAUAUUGAAGGUGGAAGAUAUUGAUGCACAAGAUAGUGAUAAUCCUCAAAUGUGUAGCCAGUAUAUAAAAGACAUCUACAAAUAUCUGCGGCAGCUGGAGAUGGAACAAGCAAUCAGACCACAUUACCUUGAAGGGCAAGAGAUAAAUGAACGUAUGCGUGCGAUUCUGGUUGACUGGCUAAUUCAAGUUCACUCCAAAUUCCGCCUACUGCAAGAAACUCUCUACAUGACACUAGCUAUCAUGGAUCGUUUCCUGCAGAGCCAGCCAGUUUCCCGCAAAAAGCUCCAGUUGGUCGCUGUGACUGCUAUGCUGCUAGCUUCUAAAUAUGAAGAAAUGUAUCCACCAGCUAUCGGAGACUUUGUUUACAUCACGGACAAUGCUUAUACCAAGAGUCAGAUCCGUCAAAUGGAAAUUCUUAUUCUUAAAGAACUUGACUUCAAAUUGGGCCGCCCACUACCACUGCAUUUUCUGAGGCGAGCUUCUAAAACUGAUGUUGAUGCUGAGAAAUACACUCUUGCAAAAUACCUAAUGGAAUUGACUGUCAUAGACUACAAUAUGGUGCACAUACCUCCUUCUGAAAUUGCAGCAGCUGCACUUUGCCUGUCUUUUCAAGUCUUGGACCAAAGUAAAUGGACAGCAGUUCAAAAAUACUACACUGGCUACACAGAAGAUGCCUUGCACUUGACUAUGAAGCACAUGGCAAAGAAUGUUGUGAAAAUGAAUGAAGGCCUGACAAAGCAUGUUGCUAUAAAGAACAAGUAUGCAAGUCCCAAAUUAUUGAAAAUAAGCACCAUUCCUCAAUUGAAGUCUGCCUUAAUCAAAGGAUUGGCCUCCUCACUGCUGUAACCUUCCAAAAAGUAAUAUGGACAUAAUUGCACUUUCCAGUUUUAAAUGGAAGAAUUGCUGCUAAUACACUUAGCCCAGCCUUUGGACAGUUUGUCAAUUAACUAUGGCACUGCACCAAUGGGCAAACAUCCAUACUUAAAACCUUGUGAUUUUUUUUUUUAAAUCGCCAGGUUAGGAUGCAGUAACUGAGUUUCACUCCAGCAUGCUUCUGAUUCCAACUUGUGUUUGGAGGGAGUAAAGUCCUAGCUCAUCUCUCCUCUGAAGCUGACCGUUUUGUCGUACUUCCACAGACCAGUUGCAAACCUUGUCUUUUUAGAUUUUCAUGUAUAUUUUUAACUUUUUUUUUGCUAAUCUUAAAAUUAUGCCACUUUGUCACUGCAAAUGGCUUCUGUCGGUUUUUCUCAUUAAAAAUCCACUGAUCUUAUUCUUGAGACUGGCUUUCUAUCUUCAAGACUUGCUUUUGGCACACACUCCAGUUGUUCAGAAUAAGUGUAAGGAACAUUUGUGAAAGUGAGCGUGUCAUUUAAGUCCAGGGUUUAAUGAAGCUAUGGAUCUAAUCCCAAUUUUGCUACUGGAGUGGAUAGUAAAGAAAGGCUUUUUGUUCAGUUUAUGCCCAGAUUUGUUACUGGGUGACUGAAAUGGAGUCAUGUGGGCCUAAUGUAUUGAAUUCUGUUAGCAUUUGAUGCUAGUUAUUUGGGAGGGGUGACAACAUUGGGGUGGGAGCAAUAGGACAAAGGGAAGAGAAACAUUUGGUCAAGGCUCCUGCAAAGUUGGGGUUCACAAAUGUACAAUGUAAGUAAAACAUUGGUUACUUUUUGAAUGCAAGUGAUUUGAUGCGUAGGCAAACAUUUUGUGGCGUAACAAUGGAAGCAUAACAGACCCUUCGGUGCAUUAAAAGAUCCAAUUUAAAUUCUACACUAAUGUGUGCAAUCUCUGGAAAAAGCUUUAAUGUCAAUUUGCUUAACUAAAUUCCAUGUAAAAUAUCCAAGAAACACUGGAUGUACUAGAGUGUAGGUGAAGAUCAAUAUAGAGGUGUGGGUGGGAGGGGCUAGUGCAGUCAAGUAAACUUGUACAAAUUUUUAAACUAUUCAGGAUUUUAUUUGAAGGUUUUUUGUUUUUACUGCUUCAUCUUUAAGAAAGUUGCUUUAGAACAAAAGCUCUUUAAACCCCUGUAACCGACAUGUAGUUUUGUUAGGGUUACAACAUUAGCAAUCACUGCCUAGUGUUUUUCUUUUGUACUAGAUAUUUCAUCCAAACUGCUGUAAUAUUGCUUGAUAUGGUUUGAGAUCUUGUACUACAAUGCAAUGGGCAUAAUCUGAAGUAUCAACACUUCAACCAGGUUUACCUGACAAACUUGAUGCAAAAUUUAAAUAAAAUUACUGUAAUUACCACUUAAA